AUGGAAGUCGAUAAAACGGCCUUCUGGGGCCGUCUCCUUGAGAUCAUCGAAGCCAUAUCCACUGCUCACUUCGUCUCCUUUGAUUUGGAGCUGUCUGGCAUUCCUUCGAAGACUACCUCCGGCGCCAAACAGACCCUGGAAGAGCGCUACCAAGAGAUCAAAGCCGCCGCGGACCGCUACCAGAUACUGCAAAUUGGUUUGACCUGCGUCGAGCAGGAUAUACAGUCUGAGAGUUAUGUUGUGCGGCCUUACAAUUUCAAUCUCAACCCUCUGCUCGAAGAGAGACUAGACAUCGAGCGCAUCUGGUCCAUCCAAAGCGGUGCCGCAGAAUUCCUGCUAAGCGUCGGCUUCAAGAUGGAUCUACCCAUGACCAAAGGCGUCCCGUAUCUCUCGCGGGACGAGGCGCGGAGAGCCAAGGAGCUGGCAUAUGCGAGAUGGGAUAAGUCUGCAAUCGCCGACGUCCAGCUGAAAGAAGACGAAGUGCAGUCGUUGGAGUUCGUCAGCAGAGUUCGCAUUGCCAUUGACACAUGGAAGGAGACAGGAAAGCCUUUCUCGAGCCACCUCAAUAUCGUCUCCACCAAUCCUGCCGGCGUCCAACCCACUCUAGCUGAACUUGGCAACUUCGAAAAGCGCCUGGUGCAUCAACUCGUUCGCGCUGAAUACCCAGACCUUGUGACCAUUUCCAAACCUCAAGCUAUACAGAUCGUACCUCUCAACGAGGAAAGGGAGAAGGAAUUUCUGCGUAGAAAGAAGAAAGCUCUUCGACACCAAAUCGAGCGUCAGACGGGCUUUCGUUGGAUUAUCGAAGCCCUUUGUGGCGGCGACUUGAACAUUGACGCAGACUUGUUUGCUCGAGACGUCCACACUGGAGCAGCGAAGUCCGCCGACAUGGUAAAUCUGAGAGCGCGCUUGGACCGCGCACGCCUAACGCUACAGCACCGGAGACCUGUCAUCGUUGGACACAACCUAUUCACAGAUAUCAUUUACUUGUACCGCACCUUCAUCGGCCCGUUGCCUCCGACUCUCGAACAGUUCCGUGAGGCACUUCACCGAAACUUCCCUGUCGUCGUCGACACCAAAUACGUGGCUACACAUAACUGUGGGGACAUAAACCCUAGAUCUUCUCUGGACGAAAUCUAUAUCAAGCUUCGCGACCAGAACAAGCCCGUUAUUGUCACACAUGGCGCACAUGACAAGUAUCACACUGCAACGCCUUUGCAUGAAGCAGGGUUUGACAGUUUUUUGACUGCGCUGAUCAUCAUUCGCUUGUCGACCAAGCUGGAACAAGACGGUGCAUACCUCAACGACGCGUCACUGGUUGCUGGUGACGAUGAGUCUUUUGUCACUGCUCCAGAGAAGCUGUCAGAUCCAGACGGGUCUCCAUCGUUUCCUACAUCUAGUCAAGGAACCGAGCUCAUCACUCCUGCGAUCACACCCAAUGUUAACAGUGACCAAACUGCAUUGACACAAGCAGUCGCGCCGCUGGAGGACACAGAGACGGCGCAGAUCACGAAAGCGUCGCGUAAGAAGAAAAAGAAAAAGGGCGGUCAGACAGGCGGCAAGACCAAGAGCACAUCGAUGUUUGCUUCUACCAACAUGUUCGACCAAUUGGCUACAUCUGACACCGAGAGCGAAGGCGAGGAGAACGCGGAGUUGCCCUCCGAAGAGCCGCGGAACGGCUCGCCGACGGGUGAAACGGAGAAGGCCCAGGUUGCGACGAUCCAGUGGGAUGGGACAACCUACUAUUCAUACCCAGACGAGGGUGCGGCUCAGCAGUCUGCAACCAUCAUCACAGUCAACCGAGAGGCGAUGGAGCCAAUGACGCUGAUGCCUCCUUUCGAGACGGACUUUUGGCGGGUAUAUGGGAACAAACUGCGGGUUUUUGGCACCACGGAGAGCGUCUGGAAACUCCGACCGUGA